AUGAUUCAUCUUGAAAAGUUCGUCAGAAUAUUUGGAAAUUUUUAUGAAGACAAUAAUCUUAAGGAGCUGAUUUCAAGUAGCGUCUUAGAAGAAAGCGAAUCUGAAGAAUCUAAUGACAGUCUAUGUACAAAUGAUGAUGAAUAUGACAACUCAGAUGAAAUAGCUGGAAACUCAACUCUUCCCAGUAUUAUCAAUUGUUCGUUCUCUAAAGCAAAAGACGAAAUCCUUGAGAAAUUUCCAACAAACAUAGAACAAAAUAAAUUUUAUAGUGAAGAUCUUUUAAAUUACCUAGUAGAGUAUUUAUUAAUUUACUAUCCCGUAUGGUCAGCAGCUGGAAUUGCGCGCUUUGGAUUAGCGAGAGAUAGCAACGCCACUGUUGAAAAUGGGUUUAAGGUAUUUAAAGAACAAGUAUUGAAUAAAGAAGAAAAUAUUUGUAUCCCACGUAUAAUAAAAAAAACUGAAGAGACGAUUCGGGGGAAACUACAAGAAAGUUUCCCCUUCAAACUUCUCGCCAAAAACAGAACAAACGAAAGGUGA